UCCUCCGUGCAAGAUGCUGGUCCGCGCCCUGCUUGUGCUCAUCUCCGCCGUGGCAUGUGGCAAAUGUGCGCACAUCGCGAGGGCGGACGCGGCCUGGGAGAGCCUCGGGUGUGAUGUGGGCGUCGAAGUGGCACCCCCUGAGACCCCCGGCAGCCUCCCGGUCCUGACCCUGUGUCACACUCUGUGCCAGUCUCAGCUCGAGCAGACGUGGUUCGUGGGGUCCGUGUACAAGCACGAGGAGUGGCUGGCGAGCGACUUCGGCCUCAUGGUGGAAAUCACGUACGACAAGGGCAGCACUAUGUCCUGCCACUUGGUGCCAGUCCAGCCCAAGUCUGACCUCCUCACCAAAUUCACUGACUGCACAACCGAGAACAUUGCCACCGAGAAUCCCUCGGGCACCGAGAGUUCUUCGGGAACUGAAAGUUCUUCAGGCACCGAGAGUCCUUCAGGAACGGGAAGUUCUUUCGGAACUGAAAGUCCUUCAGGAACGGAAAUUUCAUCAGGGACUGACAGUCCUUCAACGGAAUCUUCCUCCGGAACUGACAGUCCAUCAGGAACGGAAACCUCCUCCGGAACUGACAGCCCAUCAGGCACGGAAACCUCCUCCGGAACUGACAGCCCAUCAGGCACGGAAACCUCCUCCGGAACUGACAGCCCAUCAGGCACGGAAACCUCCUCCGGAACUGACAGCCCAUCAGGCACGGAAACCUCCUCCGGAACUGACAGCCCAUCAGGCACGGAAACCUCCUCCGGAACUGACAGCCCAUCAGGCACGGAAACCUCCUCCGGAACUGACAGCCCAUCAGGCACGGAAACCUCCUCCGGAACUGACAGCCCAUCAGGCACGGAAACCUCCUCCGGAACUGACAGCCCAUCAGGCACGGAAACUUCCUCCGGAACUGACAGCCCAUCAGGAACGGAAACUUCUUCAGGGACUGACAGUCCAACGGAAUCUUCCUCCGGAACUGACAGCCCAUCAGGAACGGAAACCUUUUCCAGCACCGAAGAAACAGCCGGCCCGGAAGAGGAGAGUUCCCUUGACGGCGGCCUGCCAACGGCCGGACCCGAGCCUUCGACCACCGUCCACGGAGGCUCCUCCACCGAUGCCUCAUCUUCCUCAACGAAGGUCAACUGCGUCCAGGAAACCGUUGAACCGCCUAUGCUGGUUUGCCCUGACGGAUUUCAACUUUACGGCCGGUCCUGCUACCACGUCAGCACUGAGAAGGGUUCGUGGGACAAGGGUCAGCAGUACUGCGGGAGUAUCAACAGCACCUACGCCAAGAUCUCUGAUCAUGAUGAGAAUACAUUCGUUGUCAGUCUUCUGACAGACACUACGUGGAUAGGACUUGAGGAUCAGGAAAAGGAGGGAAUCUACUUCUGGGACGGCGACUCCAUACCGAAGUCCUCUGAUUCUUAUAGCGACUGGGGCGAAGGUGAGCCCAAUGACUUCAAGAACGAAGAUUGCGUGGAGAUCAAUGCCUUCAUUGGAUACUUUUGGAACGACAAGGAUUGCUCAACGAAGAGAAUGUUUGCUUGCGAGAGAGAGGCUGAUGUCGUCUACGCUUAAGCCGCUUUACGAAGCAGUCAAUAGCGUCUGGCGAGGGACUACGAUAGUAUGGUUUAUGGUGGCCGCACGCACUGCAUAGAAGGAUUGUGAUUGGCGACAAUGAUAAAAAAAAAAAGUGUCCAGCACAGGAAUUAUAACGAAUUAUGUCUAGUUAACAGUGUUGGAUAUGAUGAAAGUAGAUCAAAAUGCCACCAUAAUCUAUAUAAAGCAUUAUUCUAAA